CUCAUCUCCCUUUCCCCACAUGGCAAUCACAAUUGCAUCGCCUCCCAACCUCCCCCUCACCUCCCCCCACCUCCCCGCCCUACAUGCCUAUGCCAUCACAAGGCGACGCGCAGCACAGGCAACGUGCUGGGGCUGCUGGGUCCCCUCCCCUUCCUCUCUCAUGCAUGCAUCCUCGUCGCCUCCCCUUCAAUGCCCUCUCCCCAUCCCCCCUCCCCCCCUCUUUGCCUGCAGGCCACCACAUGGUGGAUUUUUCUUGCCCCUCUUUCUUCUCUCCCCUCGUCAGGCCCUUGCUCUCUUUCUCUCCCCUCGUCAGGCCCUUGCUCUCUUUCUCUCCCCUCGUCAGGCCCUUGCUCUCUUUCUCUCCCCUCGUCAGGCCCUUGCUCUCUUUCUCUCUCCUCGCCAGUUCGCUGCUCCUUUGCUUCGUUGCUCCUACGCUUCACUGCUCCUACGCUUACGUUUGGUGAUCUGAGCCACCCCAACGAGGUGUGGCUGCUUGAGUACGGCAUGGAAGACUGCAGUGCUGUGCUACUCUCUCGCACCCUCCCAUUCUCCUUCCUCCCCCCCCUCUGCACAUACCCAUUCAUCUCCCUCUCCUCCCACCACAGGCGAAGGUCCUAG